ACAAAAAUACUAAAAACACAGACAAAAAGCCCACGCCCACUGUCGUCAGGGUUUCUCUUUCUCCCUCUCCGCUCUGUUGGCAGUUGCACAGUCUAGGGUUUUAAACUCUUUGCCGCUGCAGAUUGAGUGAACAAUGACGACUGUGGUUCCGACUUCCGAGGAAGAUCCUGCGCUCGCCGUUGUCCGAUUCACUUCCGAGCUCGCCUGGGCCGACGCCGGCCUUGAGGUUUCUGAGCCGCAAGUUACCAGACUUUGCUUGGAAGCUCAAGAAUGCAUGGUAAUGAACAAAUGGCUGGAGUUGGCUUCACUGAUGCUCACUUCUGCGGACUUGAUAUUCUCGAACGUGUCUGAGAAAGAUCUCGAGUGCAUCUUCACUGUUAUCUGUAAUCUCGUUACCAAGUCUGAAAGUUCAGAUGGAGAGCUUGAGAUGGCAAAACUUAUAUCUGGGAAAAUUACUCAACAACCAAAUGAUAAACCUGUGUUGCGGUUAAAAAUCUUGUUCAAUUUAUACAACCUACUGGAGAACCCAUACAGCCAGUUCCAUGUCUACAUGAAGGCCCUAAAUUUGGCAUUCAAUGGGAAAGUUACUGAACACAUCGUUCCUUCAUUCAAAAAGAUGGAUGGCUUCCUCAAAGAGUGGAAUAUCGGGAUAUCAGAUCAGCGAGAGCUCUUUCUUACCAUCUCUAAUGUUUUGAAAGAAAAUAAAAGCUCGGCAAAGGACUCUUUCAAAUUCCUGACAAAAUACUUGGCAACUUUUUCUGGCGAAGAUGCAAAUACAAUGAGUGAGGCCAAGGAGGAAGCCGUGCGUGCAAUUGUGGAGUUUGUGAGGGCACCUGACAUGUUUCAGUGUGACUUGCUAGAUAUGCCUGCUGUAGGGCUGUUGGAGAAGGAUGCUAAAAAUGCAUUGGUAUAUCAGCUUCUCAAAAUCUUUCUGACUCGGAGGCUGGAUGCCUACUUGGAUUUUCAUGCUGCAAAUUCUACUUUGCUCAAAAGCUGUGGUCUUGUUCAUGAAGAUUGUAUCACGAAGAUGCGGUUAAUGUCACUUGUGGAUCUCGCCUCUGAUGAAUCUGGCCAGAUUCGUUAUUCUGUUAUCAGAGAUACACUCAGAAUUAAUGAUGAUGAGGUGGAAUUGUGGGUGGUUAAGGCAAUCACUGUUAAGUUAAUUGACUGUAAAAUGGACCAGAUGAAUCAAGUUGUGCUUGUGAGCCGUUAUACUGAGCGUGUGUUUGGGCAGCAUCAGUGGGAAACAAUUCAAACAAAGCUUGGAACAUGGCGGGCUAAUAUUGCAAAUGUUAUCAGCACCAUUCAAGCUAACAGGGUCGUUGAAGAUAAUACACAGGCAGUGCAGGGCUUGAUGAUUAGAUAAAAAUCUUUUUCGAUCAACUGUUUAAAAGAUCAUUCAGAUAGGCUGAUGUGGUGGUGAAUCAUGAGCUCGUGGUUCCAAUUUUUUCCCCCAAUUUUGGAACCUAGCCCAAAAUUUAACUAGAUUUUUCUUAAGAGAUGUCAGUUUCGUUCAUUGUUGAUUCAAGGUCUAUUAACAAAACUUACCUGCUGCGUUUGCUUUCUUUCUUUACAAAUCAGCAUGAAAUAUUUAAAUCGGGAUUUGUCUCCGAAAAGUGAGACACGCAUUUUAGACUUUGUGGUACAUUUAGAAAAUUAGAAAUCCUCAACAGUGUAUUAUUAGUGCUGCAAUGGCUACAAGUGGAUGGGUUGAUUUGUCUCGAUCAAA